AUGGUGCACGCACACAGCAUUUUGGUCGUAACCAUUAAUGGUUCUGGCUGCGUCAUUGAACUCAUAUUUAUCACACUCUUUUUGAUAUACUCCGAUGGAAAAAAGAGGCUCAAGGUUUUUCUCUGGCUCUUGUUGGAACUCGUUUUAAUGGCAGCUCUCAUCUUCGUCACGUUAACUCAAGUCCACACCCUCAAAAAACGCUCUGAAAUUGUGGGAACCAUUUGCAUUCUCUGCAAUAUUAUGAUGUAUGCUUCACCCUUAUCUAUCAUGAAACUGGUAAUCAAGACUAAGAGUGUUGAGUACAUGCCCUUUUACAUCUCUCUUGCCUCUUUUGGGAAUGGCGUGGCUUGGACUACUUAUGCUCUCAUCCGUUUCGACCCAUUCAUCACUAUACCAAAUGGACUUGGGACUUUACUUUCGGUGGCUCAACUGAUUCUGUAUGCCACCUAUUACAAGUCCACUCAGAGACAAAUAACAGCAAGAAAUGCUAACAAAGACGUGAAUCUGACCCAGGUUAUGGUGGCCAAUAUUGGUAGCCAACAAUUCAAGCCAAAUAAUUGA